AAUGUUGUAUUUUGGUAUUUCAGAUCUAGUGAAAACAAUGUAGUUUAGAGUAGACUAGAGUAGUGCAUAUAGAUAGAAAUAGACCAGAAUAGACCAGAAUAGACCAGAAUAGACCAGAAUAGAUCAGAAUAGACCAGAAUAGACCAGAAUAGACCAGAAUAGACCAGAAUAGAACAUAAUAGACCAGAAUAGACCAGAAUAGACCAGAAUAGACCAGAAUAAACCAGAAUAGACCAGAAUAGACCAGAAUAGAACAUAAUAGACCAGAACAGACCAGAAUAAAACAGAAUAGGACAGAAUAGACAAGAACAGACCAGAAUAGACCACAAAAGAAUGGAAAAGGCCAAAUUAGACGAGCGCAGACCUAACUAGACCUAACUAGACCUAACUAGACCUGAAUAGACCAGAAUAGACCAGAUUAGAAUAGAAAAGCUUCAGAAUAAACCAGAACUUAACACAAAAGACCACACCAGACUGAAAAAUAAUAGAUUUAUAAAGACCAGAAUAAAUUGAGGCGCAGAAUACCUAUCAGAAUAGCUCAGUUCGAUCAAACUAGUUCCAAAAGGACCAGAGGACGACAUUCAAGCUCGGGAAUUAAAAACCUACAAUCAAUGAAACCACGUUCAAACAUUUGAGUUGGAUAGAUAAAGUAAACUGUACAUAUACUGUAGCUAUGGGACGGAUAGGACAGGAGAAGGGGUUGGAUAAAGAGCCAGACACUCUGACAGGACCGGAGAUGGAGGUCGUUACUGUCGUCUUCCAUCAGUUCGAGACAGGACUUAGAGAAGGAACCAUUUAUACCAGGGAUUUGUUAGACGCAAUGAAGGCCCUGGGGUUGAACCCUGGAGAACAGGAAGUGAUUGAUAUGACCAACGAGGUUGCUAACAACGGUCUUGUUUACUUCCCUGACUUCUGUAGAAUAGUUCUUAGAAAAUACAGAGAAGAAAACCAAGAACUGUUUAAUCAACAAUUGUUUAAGAUCCUGUGCGGUACAGAUCCGUAUCCACAAAACUUCCGAGCAAAGAGAUAUAGGAUUCAGGAGAAGAGUUUUACAAGAGAGGAGUUUACCGGGGUCAUGAGACAACUUCCGGUACAGGUGGAUGAGGAGGAUAUUGAGGGGAUGUUUAAUUAUGCAGACCAGGAUAAAGAUGGACGAAUAUCCUACAGUGAAUUCCUGUUGAUGAUAAAUCCACCCAAGAUACCCUGUGCCCCUAAACCUGCUGCGAAGCGUGUAACUCUGAAGUUUCCAGGCAGCUCAGAGAAAGAAACCAUAGAGAAAAUAUCGGCGGAAAAAGUGGUAGUUGCAGAAACUCUUGAGAUCCCAGUGUCAGCUGUUGAAUCAGCUGUUCCAGCCGCUCACCAGUCAGCUGUUUCAGCUGUUUCAGCUGUUCAGCAGGCAGAGAACACUGUUGUUUCUGUAAAAAGUGAGCAAGCAAUAUCGAACCCAGUUACAAGUUAAAAUCUCAUUUUGAAAACUAUUUACAAUUAGUAGAACCCAUGGCAAAAAUAGGUUUGAAUUUUAGAAAAAUAUCAUGAUAGAAAAAAAAAUUAUACUUUGGUUUUUUUUUUAAUCAAAAACGAUUAAA